AUGUUGGAACGUGUUCGAGAUGGAGAUCAUUGGCCGGACCAUCCGAAUGGCAUCGAACCUGAUAAUUUAUCAGUGGAUCAAAUGCUCCAAAGUGACAAGGUACCAAAAUGGACAGAGCAAUUGACGGUAAGGGCAUUCAUUGUGAGCCUGUUGGUGGGCACAUUCUUGACCAUCAUUAUUCUUAGGCUCAGCAUCACCACCGGCAUUGUCCCUGCAUUCAACAUCGUUGCAGGCCUGCUAGGUUUUUUCUUGGUUAAGUCAUGGACUAGGGUUCUUGAGGCUACUGGCUUAUCUAGGACCCCUUUUACUCGACAAGAGAAUACAAUCAUUCAGACAUGCAUCGUCGCCUGUACCAGCAUUGGCUUCAGCGGGGGUUUUGGGAGUUAUAUUUUGGCGAUGAGCAGUCAAGUGGCAAAUGAAAUACGUGACCCGGCUAAAGAGAAUAGUACCAAAGAUCCUUCAGAGUCAUGGAUGAUCCCUUUUCUUUUCAUGGUUAGCUUCACUGGCUUGUUCACCAUUUCACCUAUAGCAAAGAUGACAAUCAUACAACAUAGGCUAACAUACCCAACAGGCUCAGCCGUAGCUCACCUUAUCAACAACUUCCACACUCCUCAAGGAGCCUUGCUAGCAAGGAAGCAAGUAAGGCUUAUGUUGAAAUCAUUCACGGGUAGCUUCUUCUGGGCUGCAUAUAGUUGGUUAUUCACUGGUGGUCCUAAUUGUGGUUGGUCUAGCUUCCCUUUGUUUGGCACUUCAGCCUACUUGAAAAGGUUUUACUUUGAUUUUUCACUGUCAAACAUUGCUGUGGGGAUGAUUUGCUCUCAUCUAGUUAACUUCUCCUUACUCUUGGGAGCCAUAAUCUCAUGGGGAUUCCUAUGGCCUUAUAUCAAGACCAAGGAGGGUCUUUGGUACCCUGCAAAGCUAGAUGCCUCAAGCUUUCAAGGUGCAUUCGGCUACAAGAUAUUCAUAUCGAUUGCCGUCAUCCUCGGCGAUGGCUUCUACCAUCUCGUCGAAGUCCUCCUACGAAGUCUACACAAUCUUCGUGCUAAACGCAAACAAAGAGGAUUCAUGUCAACCUUGGAAACUAGUACUAGCGAUCUCAAUGCGGUAACUAACGAAGAGCGUCUCCGUACCAACCACUUCCUUCAAGAGCAAAUCCCGACCACAUUCGCCGUUGGAGGCUAUCUUCUUUGCUUCACUAUUUCUAUCUUCGGCUUGCCUAAUAUUUUCCCCCAGCUCAUGCCGCACCACAUUCUUGCGGCAUACCUAAUGGCGCCAUUGCUCGGUUUUUGCAAUGCAUACGGUUGCGGUGUCACCAAUUGGUCUCUAGCACCAACCUACGGCAAGUUCGCCAUCAUGAUCUUCUCUGCAUGGGUUGGUGCUAAAGCCGGUGGUGUCAUUGUAGGCUUAGUAGCAUGCGGUAUAGUGAUGACAAUAUCAAAUUCUGCCUCGGAUCUCAUUCAAGAUCUCAAAACUGGUUAUCUAACCUUAUCGUCGCCUAGAUCAAUGUUUAUAAGCCAAUUUAUCGGGACAAUAAUGGGAUGCAUAAUGGCACCAGUAAUAUUUUGGUUUAUAAACAAAUCGAUGCAUCUCGGUAAGGAAGGGUCCUUAUACUCAGCACCGUACGCAAAAGUCUACCGAGCCAUGGCACUACUUAGCACCGAUGGUUUAUCAAAGCUUCCCAAGAACUGCAUAAGCUUAUGUGUGGUGUUCUUUUUUGGUGCAGUUUUGAUCAAUGCAAUGAGGGAAGGGGCAAAGAGAAAGAAAUGGUGGUUUUAUAAGUACAUUCCAAGUCCUAUUGGAAUGGCAAUUCCAUUCUAUUUAGGGGGGUUCUUCACAGUAAGUAUGUGCAUUGGGAGCAUCAUAAGGUAUAGGUGGGAGAAGAUGAAUCCACAGGGGGCUGCGAUGUUUGUGCCUGUCAUGGCUUCUGGGAUGAUGUGUGGUGAGUCUAUAUGGUUGAUUCCAGCGGCUUUGUUGAGCAUGUACCACCAUGAACCACCCAUGUGCCUUAGGUUCUUGACGGUGCAGGCUAAUAAUCUGCUCGAUUAUUUAUUGUAUAACCAACAAUCUUAA